AUGCCGGUUUAUACUAUUUCACAGAUUCUUAAAUGGAAACAUUCAUCACCUUUACAUAGCCAUGAAAUAGAUAAUCUCUGGGAUGAUUUAUUGAUUAUGAGAACUAUUUGCAGUAAGGCUGGUCAUAAGGAUACAACUUUUUAUCAACAUGUGAAGAAUAAGCGCUUGAAUCGAUCUAAUUGGGGUAAUGCGGCAAGAGGGAACUCUGUGAAGCCUUUGCAACAAGUUUCUUCAAAUACAACAUUCAGGAAAAAAACGAAAUAUACCGACUCUAUACAUAAUGGUCAAUAUUCAUCAUCUACUUCAAUACCACUCCCACUUCCACCACCACAUCAACUACAAAUACCAUUAAUUCCCCUCUUUAGCUUGUUGAACGUGCCCUCCGGAUCGCAAGUUCUCUGUAUCAGACCAGGACUGCCAGUUCCACCCGGUGCCAUCAUCAUUCCUGUUGUCUACAUGGACAAUGCCAAUGAAAACUAUCACCAUGUAAAUUAUCAUGACAAUUGGGUAAUUCCAUCGGAAAGUAAUUUAGCAAAUUACGAAAAAUAUCAUACUUCAAAUAAUGGAGAACUGAUAAAUGGUACCAAUUCCUUUGAUGAAUCUUCGGAUAGUAAUAGCAUAUUGAUUCAAAUUCCAUCCACUUUUUAG